CACACGCUACUGUUUGACGAUUAGACGGGAAGCAAACAACGUUUAAGCAGGAGCCAGCCAGCCAGCUGGGCUAUAUAACUCCCUGCUAGUUACUGCUGGGUGAGGCAGUAGUAGGCCAGAAGCUUGGCUGCAGAGACCAUGGAUCGCAGGCACCGCGUGGAGCUGAACGACGGCCACUUCAUUCCUGUUCUCGGUUUUGGAACUUUUGCCCCAGAAGAGGUUCCUAAGAGCAUGGCCACGGAGGCCACCAAAAUAGCUAUAGAUGCUGGGUUCCGCCACAUUGAUGCAGCUUAUUUGUAUCAAAAUGAGGAGGAGGUAGGACUGGCCAUCCGAAGCAAGAUUGCUGAUGGCACUGUGAAGAGAGAAGACAUAUUUUACACUUCAAAGCUUCCCUCUACAUGUCAUAGACCAGAACUGGUUCAACUGUGCUUGGAAAAGUCACUGAAGAAGCUUCAGUUGGACUAUGUUGACCUCUAUCUCAUUCACUUCCCAGUUUCAAUGAAGCCAGGCGAUGAUUUUAAUCCAGUAGUUGAAAAUGGGACAUUGUUGUUUGACACAGUGGAUCUCCGGGACACAUGGGAGGCCAUGGAGAAGUGUAAGGACGCAGGUCUGGCCAAGUCCAUCGGGGUGUCCAACUUUAACCACAGGCAGCUGGAGAUGAUCCUGAACAAGCCAGGGCUCAAGUACAAGCCUGUGUGCAACCAGGUAGAAUGCCAUCCUUAUCUUAACCAGAGCAAGCUACUAGAUUACUGCAAAUCAAAAGACAUUGUUCUGGUUGCCUAUGGUGCUCUGGGCACCCAACGAUAUAAGAAUUGGAUUGACGAGAACGCUCCGUUUCUCUUGGAAGACCCAGUUCUUUGCGCCAUGGCAGAAAAGCACAAACGAACUCCUGCCCUGAUUUCCCUCCGUUAUCUGCUGCAGCGUGGGGUGGUGAUUGUAGCCAAGAGUUUUGCUGAGAAGCGGAUCAAGGAGAACAUGCAGGUGUUUGAAUUCCAGUUGCCUCCAGAGGACAUGGCAAUCCUAGAUGGCCUGAACAAAAAUUAUCGCUUUGUCACUUCUGGCCUAACUUCUGCCCACCCUAAUUAUCCAUAUUCUGAUGAAUAUUGACAUGGAAGCUUUUGUCAUGAUUUGGACCUGAGGGACCUGCUUAUAGAUGAUAAUGUGAGUGACAUCUCAGAUGCCAGCUGACAUCACCUCUGUCAAUGCCUUGUAUCAAUCCACACUCAAGUGGAACAGAAAGGGUGGGCAUUGUGUUUUGUGAUAUUCUGAAAAUGUUUACAAAGUUGUAUACCAUAACAUGCAUAUAAAAUACAUGCACUGUCUCUGCUG